AGACCCCUUUCGUCCGGCCCAGACUUUGAAUUAGAACCGUUGUGGAUAAAUGGUUGAGAUGCCCAUAGCCCCUCAACAGAACGACAAGACCGCUUCAUCAGUUGAGCCUAUGCUCAUAGAUGCUCGCGUCAAGACCGAAGUCGUAAAUGUCGAAGAACUACCUCUUCCGCAGUGUAAUCAAAAGUUGUGGCACGAAGACGGCACCGUCAUUGUGAUCCUGAGUUCUAUGCUCUUCCGUGUUCACCAAGCCACAUUAUGCGACCAGUCUUCAGUCCUGAAAGCAUUGGUCGUUCUUUCUCAGGCAGUUCCCAUAUCUGAAGAGGCUCCAACGCCAGGGGAGAAGGACCUGCGAUACAUACAUCUGGACGAUGACCCUGCGGACAUCGAGCAGCUUCUCCUCAGUUUAUACGAUGCUGAAUGUACAGCUCCAGAACAAGUCAGCUUCACGCUCGUCUCUGCCUGGCUUCGAAUGGGCACAAAAUACAAAGUCGACCGUCUGCGCGACGAUGCCAUUCGUCGACUGGCUAUAUGCUAUCCAAGUACUCUUCGCAACUUCGACCUUGCCAAUUCUGCUUCCUUCGUACUUCCGAUAGAAGCCCCGACUGUCCCAGAGGCUCCAAUGGUCGCCUUCUUAGCUUUGACGCACGACCUGCCCUAUAUACUCCCUCUCGCGCUCUACUACUGCUGCCUCGAGCAACCAUCCUCCCUCCGGUCCAUCAUCGACAAAGCCUCUCAGACUUACGGUCGCGGUAUCACUCGCGACGAUCCAUCGCUGAUCGCCCGGUGCUAUGAAGGCAGACCCGCCCUCCUCGACCUCCAUCACAAAUUCCUCUUUACCGUGUUCGACGGCGCUUUAAGCCCAGAAUGUAAACGGCCGACGUUCUGUGGAUCCGCAUUGCAUGGGCUGCUGAUGCAUGCCGCUCGCAUAAGAUGGUUCACCAGUCCCGAUAUCUUUUAUUGGCAUUGGGACGCGAUAAAAUCUCUUGCGGCCUGUCAGGCUUGUGAAGCCCUCGUUCGACGGCGAUAUGAGGAUCUUCGAGCGCAAAUGUGGAUGAAGCUGCCUCAGUGUUUCGGGAUAGAGCUUUCUGAGACGGAGUGGCCCAUUGAAGAUACGACCAAGGCCUCUGCCUCUGUCCCACCGCCAACUAAUGCUACCCGGCCACCUUCCGGUCGAGAUACCUAAUGUCUCUAAUUUGCAUGGACGU